AUGAUCAGAAAUGUUUGUGCUGAGCGAACAAAAAGAGUCGAACAGUCGCCAAGGGUGAAAUUUUUUAAACGUUAUGAACGAUGCAAACUCGAAAGAAAACAACCUGAGUUGUUUGUUCUGCUGGCCCUUUUGCAAGCAGUUGUCGUUGUUGUUGAAACCAGCAACUUAAACAAUGGCUCGUGUCCAAUAGAAUUAAAAUUAGACAGAUGUAGGUACAUGGAAGUGAUUGCGUGCAAUAUGUCGAAAAUCCCUGGAGAUUAUAGAGAUAGUAAGUAUCCCAAGUCCUCCACAAAAUUCAGACAGAAAGAAUUUUGUAAAAAUUUACAGAACCAAUCAGAGGUGGCAGACGAUAUAACGAGACAGGUUGAGCGUGUUCAAAGAAAAGUCAAAGACAAUUACAAGGCAACAUGUCUCAUGUUCACGCUCCAAUGCUUCGACGCUUCGAUGGUUCACCAGCGUUCAUCCGAGCGUGAUGUUCAACGAGUUUUUAAUAAGAAGCAAUGA